GAGAAUAUGCAUUCUUUCAUCCCAUACGAAAAGGAAAUUGGAUUGCAAAGGGCACAAUAGCAGAAAUUUGUAGUGGUCAUCACAAAUCUCUUCUGAUAGACUGAAGAUAGACAGCACUGACACCGUUUUAUGUACAACGAACAGCUCUUUUUUCUGAAGUGAAGGAGUGUGUCCUCCUACUGUCGUUUUUUCUUUCUUAGCAAUACUGACUCUGACUUAUAAGCAAUCCCAAAGUUGUUCGUGUGCAACCAACAAGAUGAACCGAGUGACUAGCCGACCUUGUGCCGCGCGGGUGUCCUUCUACGAGCAAGGUUUGCAUCAACGUCAAGACGGCCCUGGCAGCGGUGGGGUCUCGCCGCAGGAGAGUGCGAUGGUCGCAGUCGCUGAACAGUGUGUCAAAUGGAGAAGAGAAGUCGUCGAUGCCAGGCAAAAACUUCGAGACUUUUCUGCAGCUCCUCCUGGGAGCGCUACGACUGGUACAAGAAGUGCACCUUGUACUAGCCAUGAUGAACAACAACCUAAGGCACAAGCAUGGAAGAAUCCUCAGGAGGACCAUGAUUUGGCUUCCAUCUGCGAUCGUGUGACUGCCAAAGUAAAAUUGGUUGGGGCGCAAGCAGGCAGCCUCAAUAAUGCCGCCGAGGGUGGUGACGCAAGCGCAGGCCGCGUGCAGGAACUCGCGGCGUCAGUCGGAUAUGUGGCUUCCAGUAUUCGGCAGUCCGUCUCUGUGGCAGACUUUGACCCUCAUUUGACGCAGAAAUUACUUGGGACUAAGCCUUUCAACGGAUUCCUCUAUGAUCCAGAACUGCAGGAUAGUUACAAGUUCGACCAGAUUCUGAAGAAAUUUGCGGACCCAAAUGCACGCAACAGGGAUGGUAUUGAGAUUUAUAGCUUCCACAUUCUCUUUGCACGCAACAAGGAUAAUAUUGAUAUAGAUGGUAUUGAUAUUUCCGUUGUCGACCGUACUACCCGGAGCAAGCUGCACACUCUCCGAGGAGCAUGACUCAUUCGGAUCGAAAAGUUCUCCAGAUAAUAGCGAAAGCAAGAAUGUCGUGCUACACCAAUACCAACGACCUACUUACCUAUUACUUAUCCUGAGAGCACUCCUAGGUAACUCUCUGAUUCACCAACUGGCACGCUUCGGGGACCGUCAGUCGGAGACCUGGUACCUCGAUCGGGUGAAGGCACUGCGGCGACGUGGAUCCGACAAUCGAUGCAGUGUCGAUGGUUGGGGGUGUGCGCCUUUGCUAGCCGGUCUUGAGGCGCGCAGUGUCUUUUUCGUGAAAACUUUAUUGCGAACCGAACUAGGCGAAAAGUGGAUGCGAACAGAGUUACUCGCGGUGCCGCCCUACACUGUUGGUGGCCGCUUAUUCCGACAAGGCCUGUCGGCGUCGAGUAUGGGACCUGCGGCGAGCGGGGGACCGAUGGUCGCAAGCGAUAACACGAAUAGCAUUGUUAUGGAGUAGAGAACAAAUAGGCGCUACAACUAGUUGCUAAGAAUCCUUGUUAUGCUAAGCAGAAAAUCUUUUGUAUUUACAAUCCUCAUGCUAAAUAGGAAGUCUUCCGUGUGCUAUGAGUGAGGCUGAACAUGGUUAGGAAAAAAAUAAAGGCUAGAACUUGAUCUCCUAAUUGUAGCGGCAAAAGAGCUCUUCUCCAGGCCACAAUCGGAGGAGCGGGAACAACAAUUAGCGAUGGCGGAGCAGGUUCACACCAGGCAAACGGUAAAGGGAGACGCGCAUUAGCUGUGUGCUGUGCCGAGUACAACUUUGCGCCGGGGCUUUUUGAGGCCAAUGGUGGCGCAGUGUCUCCAGAAGCGUUGCCAUCGGGCGGGGUAGGGACAUUCUUGCGACCCAGCGUACGCGGCAAUUACCUCGUCAAUCCAAACAGUGUCUUUUGUGCGGCACACCACGACGAAGGGCGUGCUGUCUCACCCUCGCGUCCGGGGACUGCGAGUACAACGAGAGAGGAUCAACAUACUACAGCAGGAGCAGAUCGCGCUGCUCUGCUCCGGAAGGCGGCGCAGCAGCAUCGGAAAACUCAUCUCCAAGAAAAUGCCGGUAAGACUAAUGCGCACCAUGAUGCUUCUACGAACAGCACUAGGAUGAACAAUGCAGGAGGAAGGGCUGAGAAGACUGAUUGGAGUGUAUCUGUGUCGUCACAGAUGACUCCGGCUUCAAGGGGUACUUCAGCUCUUCACCGUCUUGGCUCGUCAGAGGAUCUUCCGCAUCAUGUGCAUGGCACGUUCAUACAGCCGGCUUCGUUAGGCACCGCAUUGGCAGCUGUAAGGGGUGAGCUCACUGCUGCGCAGUUCCAAUUGCUUGCUCGGAUGCGGAACGCACGUGCACAACCAGUGCCGCGCGGAGGUUUUGACCGCACCGCGUUGGACCGACUCCUACUAUUUAGCUGCGCUGCGAACAAAUUUAGCUGCGCCGUAGACACAUCGUCCCAAGCAAGGAGGGACAAUCUGAAUGGGUUGCAGCGGAGUUUGCUUCUUCUGGAAGAUCGAGAUGACCUUCUUCAGGUCAAUAAGACAACUUCAGAACGCUAUGGCAAAGCCACGUCUUCAGAAUCGGAGAAACGGGUGAGCCGCAGGAGCUUGCCUAGCACGCAUGGUAGCGAGGCAUCGCAUUUUUCAACUGGUCUGCGCUCGAUUGAUGCGAGCCUACCUUUGGACCAGGAUGAUACUUCUUCUUUCACUUCUACGGCCUUUCCCUGGUAUUCCGCUGUUCAUUUCGCCGCAAUGCGAGGCGAUACAGAAGCAAUUCGAUUGUAUCACAUGCUCGGACUUUCCCUUCACGCAAGCAACAGCUCAGUCGCAACUGCAAAAUCUCGAGUGUCUGCGCAACGAACCAGUUUCAGUACAACUACUAGGAAUGGAAGUAAAAGUGCAAUGACCAUAGCAGAUGCCGGAAGCGCACGUAAUGGCGGCACCGGAGUAGGAGGAGAGGAAGGUCACGUUAUGUUCUUGAAGUGCAUCUCCAUCUCCAUGUCCAUCUACAUGCACGUCCCUAUACAUAUUUCAUAAGUAGUACGUGUGACAGAUGCAAUGGCUAGAAGUAGUUCAAAUUCCAGCUGUUCAAAUAUUGUUCUAGCACUAGUUCAUCCUCACUUUUCUCUAUCUCUUGCGCUAACUUUUUGAACCACAAGAGCAAUACCCGCUCACCACGUUCGCAUGGCACGCGGCCUGUGAGUGAACGGAAGGACGAUGAGGGUGUCGCAGAGGCUCCAGACCCAGAUUCCAACCCAUCCCCACUCCGUCAAAGGAGUCAGAGCUUACGCAGUCAAUCCAGCUCGAUCAUUUGUGAGGUCUACGGAGGCAGUACGCCGCUUGCAGUGUCUUUGUUUGGGCCUGCAAAGCAAGGCUUUCAGAACCAGGAAGAGUCACAUUCUCGUCAGAAGACUUCUGUGGAACCGACGGAACGAAGCCAAGACGCCAGAAAGAUUCCGUCAUCCCCUAAAUGUUGGAUGCCAUGCAGUCCCAGUGGGAGUCGAAAAACAAAAAAGGCACCGACGAGUCCGCAUUUGCGAGAUAGCCUAGGGUACCAUCACGCACGAAUGGAUCGGGUUGAUAAGUCAUUCCAGAAGGGCAAUGUUAAGGCAAGAGCUAAGAGAACAUCCUCUUCCUCAGCAACAUCCCCAGUGCCAUCCCGAAGUACUUGAAAAAGAUGACAUCAAGGAUGUUGCUAGCAAGGAUGCCAUCAAUGCGGUAGCUUUAACAAGGUUGAUGAUUUCUGUGGAGUCGAAGUGGAGUCUGGUUUUGAAAGUGCACUGGAGCAGUCCUCGGGAGAUGGCCCUAACAAUGCUGUUGAGGAGAUGAAGCCUCGAGACAGUUGGGUGGCGCCUGUGGUUGUUGACGAAAAUGGACGGAAGAGUUACACCACGAUCGAGGUCGGCGAUGUGGAUGAGAAAGAAUCGAAGGGCAGCUGGACAAGUGGGAAGACAUCACGAGUGCAUCCAUGGGACAACGAAGAUGAACUACUCGGAGGUGCUGGCGACGCUGUAGAUGUCAAUAUGACUUCUGCAACUAUCAACAAAGGCAACAACGGCAACAAUUUCCCAAUCGGCGGCCCUCGUUCUUCUCUUGUGCAACAGCACCCCGGUGACAUCAACAACAAUAGUCUUAUUCCACACGACGAUGACCUUCUACACGACGAUGACCUUCUACUAGAUGCCGGAGAAACUAUCAGAUUCCGCGAGAGCGAAGCAAGACUAGAAAAUGAAAGAAAUGCUAUCGGCACUUGGGACCACAUGUCGCACGAAACACCACUCGCCAUCGCGAUACGGUGCAACCGAACAGAGGCGGUGAAAACCAUUUUAGACUGUUUGGAGGCAGACCCGGAGAAUUUUCCAGCAAACGAGAGAGGUAUUUUUUCAGAUUAUAUACUUACGUACUAGUAUCAGUGUCAGUCGUGUCACCGGCGUCUUAUCUUUUGAAUGUCCGAUAUCACCAUUGUAUCAAUCUUCAAGUCGGGGCUACUUUUUUCUGGCGACAGUUCGCAUGCUUCGUUUUGGUAUCUCUACAUACUGUUCUUCUGUAGCGAGUUUUCAUCCAGGUGAAAGCGUUGUCGAGUAUGCGCGUAUUUGCCAGCAGUGGGGGCUCGUCGAAGCCCUUUCGCAAGACCGCGAUGCGAUAGCUAAAGUUAAGGGUGGCUUUCGAAGUUCAUCCAGGAUCAUAAACAGCAUGACUUCAAAAUGAUCUGGGAGUAUAUCGCAUUUGACAUCAAGGAUGACAGACCCUCAAAAAUUUAAUUUUUUCUAAACAAGAUACUAUUGCUGCAUACAGUGAGGCUGCCGCGAUACAGUGGGAUGCGGUUGAAGCGUUGGCGGAUUUGAUCGAAAGGAAGCGGAUUCCAAGACGGCACUUAGUCAGUUACGAAGCAUUGUGCGAAUGGUAUUGCAGCCUAGCUCCGUCUUCAGGUCAGCGGCUUGUCCGUUUUUGGCGUCUUUUUUGUACAGCGGCAUCAGAUAAAGAAGAACCGAACAAGGAAAAGCAUGAAUAAAAUGAAAUGGAAACAAGGUUAUUUCGAUCAUAGCAGUCGUACACAUUUAAGAAAUACUCAGUUGCUGGUACUAUGUAAUAGUAGCAUAGUGUUCAGAUGAUAGAGAUUCCAAGAAUAUUCGAAAUUGUUCCUUAUAGCAUAUGACAGCAAGCAUGUUCAUUGUUUUGCAUAUAGGAUAGAACUCGCUCAAAUAGCAUUCACAAAAAGCAGAAAGUCGCCUGCUUUUCACGCUUGAGUCGCAAACCAUGAGCAUAUCAGGGGGGGGGUUGAAAAGGGACUACUUACUCAUCUACUUGUUCCAUUUGUCAUACUCAUAUUACCAGUAAAAGUGUCAUGAUACUCAUAAUCGUGACAAACGUACCGCUAUUCUUCGAAGAAGCUCCUUUCUUCGACGAAGUUUUUUGCACUUUGAACAGAGCGUUGUGAAGUUUUGCAGCAGUGCAGCCAUUUUUGAUUUUGAAAAUGAUCGUUAUUGUUCUUGCUGAGGUAGGUGGGCGGGGUGUGUACAGAUCGGAUAUCCCUCUAUAUUAGGUAGGUGGUUUUGACUGCAGGUGAAUGAGAUACAUGAUUAAAUAUACAUAUGAUUCGUUACUGCACAUGCACAUGAUGAGGACACAUGCAUACUGCUCAUAGAAUCCACAAAUUAGUAUAGAUUGGGGGCCAGGAAGUCUUUUUUUGUGCAGGUGAUAGGUGCCAAGGGCACCUCUACCUGGCAUGACAACUGUCGAUAUUAUUUUGUGCACGUCGACGUUUUAUCCCUAUGGAAACCAAGAUGAAAGGAAACUCAACAUUUUUC